AUGGCAGAAGAAGGUAUUUUGUCAGAUUUUGAUUUGGACUUGGCUCUCCAAGGACUGGAAAUGCGAGGCGACGCUGGAGAAAUGGAAAGAAUUGUCAAAUCUUUGGGCGAACAGAUUAAAUUGUCUCGGGAAAGGUUUGUUCGUAUUUAUAUUAUAAGCUUGUCAGUUGUCUGCCAAAAUUCAAGACAAAACCGGAUAGAAUUGAAUUUCAUACCUUUCCCGCCUUUCCGUAGCGGCGCGAAAAAGCACCUUCCGAUACGGAAUGUACAACUUUCAGAAACUGAACGAAACAACAUCUAUCCGUUGCAAUAAUUCCUCUGGAAACAGCGUUCCUAAAAGGUACGGAUAGCUGUUUUUUCACGUCGCUACGGAAAGCUAUUCCUCGUACAAGUGUAAACCAUAAAACCGACAGUAUUAAAUGUAGCUUCGGUAUGAUAUUUUAUGUCACUUAAAAAUUAAAGCCAAUUGUCAGCUAUCAGUUAACAUGUUUUGCAAGAUGUCAGUCGAAAAUUGUAAUUUUGACUACCAAUUUCAAGACUGAAAAUUGUAUUUUCGACUUGCAAAUUUGAUAUAACCCAGUUCAGACCAUAAGAAUUAUCAUGUAUUAUAUAAAGUAUAGUGCUUCAUAGAGAUUUUGAGCACUGAUAAAAGUGACAAUCUUGCAUGUGAGAUUAUUUAUGAUAAUCUCACAUGUGAAAAUUAUUGCUUUUCAAUUAUCGCUUUUCUGUAAAAAUUAUUGCUGUCAUUUAUAUAAUAAACAGAAAAAUACAUGGGUGCUUGGAAAUAGCAGAUUUAUUUCUCGUGUUGAACACGAUAUCUCCUUUGUGAGAUAUUGUGUUCAAUACUCGAAAUAAUUCUGUUAUUUCCAUACACCCAUGUAUUAUUCUCUAUUUAUCUUGCAUUUAGUGGCAAAAGAAUAGAAUACAGGCAAGUAUGUCACUUUGGCUAUAGAGCCUCAUUUUUGUAUAAAUCACAAAAUCGAGGCUGUAUAGCACAGAGUACUAUACAGAAGUCCACCUCCAUAACGUAGUGCUAUUCGUCAUGAUUCUUCAUUCAGCAAGUACCAUAAACAGAAGGAGCCCCCCUGGAAAUAUUCAAAACGGCACACAUCCGGGUGGGGUUAUGGUACUUGCUAAGUGACGAAUCAUGACGAAUAGUGCUUAUGCAAAAAAACAAUGGAGGUGGCCUUCUGUAUAGUAUUCUGUGUGUAUAGUGAGGGUGACAUGCUUUCCAGAAGCAUGUAUUGCAGAGAGAUAUUGUAAUUAAUUUUCGUGAGCCUAUAGCCGUGUUUACGCUACAAACCUAAGCUUGACCUAGGGCUAGCUUUGGAUUAGAUUUUAGUAGUGUAAAUGCACUUCGGUUUGGCCUGGGCCAGGAAAUCUGGGCCACCUGUUCUGAUGGGCCCAGAUUUCCUGGUCUAGGCCAGGCUGAAGUGCGUUUACACUACAAAAAUGUGGUCAAAAGGUGGGCUUAGGCUCGUAGUGUAAACACGGCUUAUGACUGUCACCAUCUCGUCUCAGAAGUUGACCACGAUCUGCUGUCCUGUAAACAGUUUUAAAACCUACCAAUUCCUUGGUUGAUGUGCACCUCCAGUUUAAAAAGUAAUGAUCAAUAUUUUAGUAUCGAAAAAGAGUGGAAAGCAUUAACUGAGGAAGCUCAGAUCUCACUCGAAACUGAUGUUGGUUCGAUAAAAGAUUUUACACAAUAUCUACAGGACAAAGUUGAGCUGGAAGGCCACAUUUGUAGCACAGAACCAAUUAAUUUGAAUGUAUUUCUUAAUAAUGUGGUAAGUGGAUAGCUCUAUCAGUUCUAAACUGUUCUUCCUAGAGGUCCAGUAAGGAUCAUCUCUUAUUGAUUCAGUGUUAUUACAGGAGGAAACCUAAACUAAACUAACUUCCUCUCUAUCAGGUACAAGCUUUGGAAAGAAAUGUAGGACAAGAAGAGAAAAUUCUUGAUGAGCUUACAUCCUUUGCUGCUGAACAAGGUUUAAUCCUGCCGACCGCUGAAGCGGAUUCAAGUGUUGUCAACAUUAGACAAUCUACUGCCUCGUUAAAUGUUGUUUUGAACGACAAUGAGGAAACCACAAGUGCACUGUGGGAUAGAAUUAGGAGCAUGGUUGGCAGGGGUUUGCUUGCAAGUAUUGACAAGAUGACACCAAGUGACGAUAAAUAUGAAUUUGAAGUUCUUCUUACAGAGGUAAGUCAACUUCAUAUAUGGUCAUAGUUACAUAGUUGUGACUUUCACCAUGCAUAAAAAUCACCACCAUCAUCUGAAUUCAUUAUCACCACCAUCAUCAUUAUCACCACCAUCAUCAUCAUUAUCACCACCAUCAUUAUCACCACCAUCAUCAUUAUCACCAUCAUCACCACCAUCAUCAUUAUCACCAUCAUCACCACCAUCAUCACUAUCACCAUCAUCACCACCAUCAUCAUUAUCACCAUCAUCACCACCAUCAUCACCACCAUUAUCACCACCACCAUCAUUACUAUCACCACCAUCAUCAUUAUCAUCACCACCACCAUCAUCACCAUCACCACCAUCAUCACCACCACCAUCAUUACUAUCACCACCAUCAUCAUGAUUUUCACCAACAUCAUCACCAACAUCACCAUCGUCACCACCAUCAUAAUCACCAUCAUCACCAACACCAUCAUCACCAUCAUCAUCAUCACCAUCAUCACCAACACCAUCAUCACCAUCAUCACCAUCACCAACACCAUCAUCACCAACACCAUCAUCACCAUCAUCACCAUCACCAACACCAUCAUCACCAACACCAUCAUCACUAUCACCAUCAUCACCAUCAUCAUCAUCAACACCAUCAUCAUCAUCACCAACACCAUAAUCACUAUCACCACCAUAAUACUGCUAUCCUCAUCUUUAUAGAAAAUAAAACUUCUUGAAAAACUCAGCAUGUUAUACACCCCAAGUGAUGUAUGGAAAAAAUACCUCACCAUCAGAAACCAACAAAUGAAACGCUUCCUUCAAAACUCAGCACACUUGGAUGGUAUAGAACUUGAACACCAGUGCCCACCGGAUGAGAACAUUCCUGGCGAGGUCACGUGUUUGCUGCGUGUAAGUCACACCCUGGACAUGAUGUUUGAAGAAGAUUAUAAUAUUGUGUUGCUUGGUAUGUUUCCUGAGGCAGUCCAGAUGCAGCCUGAUGAGGUAUGCCGAUUCAUAACAGCGGUUGAAAUGACCCGGACAAUUUGCAUGUUAGACUAAAUUUUAAUCUAAGUAAAGAGAAGGGAAUCUAAAACCACUGCUAAAAACUGUAAAAAGAACAUAAUGAAAUUAGUAAAGCUUGGAAAAUAUAGGCUUGCAAAGUUUUUCAAAUUUUGUAUAUGUUUGUAUUACGUGCGGAAAUUGUUAAUAUACUUCACCAGGAUCCAGUAUUAUCAUGUGAGCAAAUAAAGCAAUACAGUUGACUAAUAGACCUUUCCCCUUUUGAGUGAAAUUUUGAUUUAGACAAGUCUGGACAAAAAUUGCAGCACAGCUUGAAAGAGAAUUACAAAAUUAGUAAUAUUCCCAAGUUUCGUUGCGGAAUGUUGUAAAAUGCGGAUAAUAUAGCCUUGCGAAGUUUGCCGUUUUUCAGUCAUUUUGUAUUACGCCCGGGAAAUUGAUAAUCGGAUUAUCAAACUGAUUAUCAAUUUCCCAUUUGUAAUACAAAAUGACUGAAAAACGGCAAACUUCGCAAGGCUAUAUUAUCCGCAUUUUACAACAUUUCGCAACGAAACUUUGGAAUAUUACUAAUUUUGUGAUGCUCUUUCAAGCUGUGAUGAAAUUUUUGUCCAGACUUGUCUAGAUCAAAAUUUCACUCAUAAGGGGAAAGGUCUAUUGACUCAUGCAUGAUAGCAUUAACACGAAAACGAAAUUCCAGGUCAAUGACCUGGAACCUCGUUUUCGUGUUAUAAAGCUUAUUUCCACAUUUAUUGGUCAAAAUAAAGAAUUAUUUUUCGCGCAUGUCUUGAAGAAGGAUGUUCUGCUUCUCUGUGCAUAGCCCAUGAGAAAAAACAUGAAAUCCUUUCCAUUUAAGGUGGUCCUAAGUUGAAAAGAGUGUAGUUGUGACGUAAUUAUUGAAAGGGUGUAUUUAGGCUUAACAAUUCAAAUUAAUUUUAGGUGUACAGCGUGUAUUCUCUCAUCCUCGUUUAAUUGAGGCUGAUCAAUUCAAUGAAUUUUAGGUGUACAGCGUGUAUUUAAAAGACUUCAGCAACGAGUUAAAUGAGGUCGUGAAACGCCUCCACACUUUGGGAAGAAAAGGAUCGGAAAAACUCGAGGACAACACAGGAAAUACUUUAUCUAAGAAGAUUCUCCUGGCUCUGAGGCAAUGUGUGUUAGUGGCGUCCUCGGCUGACGCGUGUACAAAGAAGUUUUUACUAAGUCUACACUCCUCUGAGGGUAAGCUUCAGAUCACGCUGUCCUCAAUGGAUGACUCCAGUUAUGGAGUAAAUUUUGAUCUAGGCAAGAAGAACCAAAUCCAUUACCACAGCUAGAAAGAGCAUGUUAAAAUUAGUACAAUUGCAAAGUUUGAUUGCGAAAUGUUGUAAAAUGAGGAAAAUAUAGCCCUGCGAAAUUUGCAAAUUUUGUAUUAAUUUGUGGCACCACUUUCGGCCCAAAUGUGUUGCAUUUUCCCGCGUGUAAUACAAAUUAAUACAAAAUUUGCAUAUUUCGCAGGGCUAUAUUUUCCUCAUUUUACAACAUUUCGCAACCAAACUUUGCAAUUUUACUAAUUUUAACAUGCUCUUUCUAGCUGUGGUGAUGGAUUUUGUUUUUCUUGCCUAGAUCAAAAUUUAGUCAACAUAGCUAGAAUCAUCCUUUCAUCUAUUCUACUAUUUUGUUUUACAAGAUUUGCCAAGCACCAAUAGACCCAUUGCACUGACGUCACAAAUCCUUAGAGUGUCCUCCAGAUGCUCCCUAACAAAAUCUGUUCGGGUACAACAACCACAUACAGCGCGAAAAUUAACCAUUUUAAUACAAAAUUAUUAUAAAGUUUUACAAAAUUUGCUUUGUUUACAAAAGUUAUAUUAUGCAUAGAUUGCUAAUUUGUCCUCCAGAUGCAUCAUCACCGGCGAUAUGACGUCAUGUGCAAGGGAUCUAUAUAAAUACCACUAAACCAUUGCACAAUAUUGCAUAAGUUACAUGCAGUACACGCAGGUACGGCAUGACCACAGAGAUAAUCUCCACUAACGGAGUCCCGAAGAAAUACUAACAAAACAUCUACAUAACUAUUGUCUGUGACUAAACUGUCAACAACAUGUUCUUACAUAUAACGAUUAACGUACACAUUUGUCUAUCAUAUUUGAGAUUCUGGCUUUGACUCUCGUUUUGACUUUCAUAUUUAGAACCUUGUGGUAUGCUGGGAAUAAAUUUUGGUUCAUCUUUCUCUAUCUCAUCAAUAUCCGCAUCCCAGGUGGAAGUGAACACCACAAGCGAAGGUAGGCGUGGCACAGAUCUCUCUGAGAAUCUGCUUACUGCUUAGAACUGAUAGAGCUAUCCAGUAUAAAUAAAGUUAGUUUAGUUUAGGUUUCCUCCUGUAGUAACACUGGAUCAAUAUGAGAUUAUCCUUACUGGACCUCUAGGAAGAACAGUUUAGAACUGAUAGAGCUAUCCAGUAUAAAUAAAGUUAGUUUAGUUUAGGUUUCCUCCUGUAGUAUCACUGGAUCAAUAAGAGAUGAUCCUUACUGGACCUCUAGGGAGAACAGUUUAGAACUGAUAGAGCCAUUCAUGCAGUAUAAUAAAGUUCAAUCAAGUGUAAAUAAAGUUUAAGUCCUUCUUUCUAGUUUCAUCAGAACUCUCACCGGAGGAAGUGGUGCGAGACGAGCCAGAAGAGCUCGAUACAGAAGACCAUAUUUGGUCCUGGCAGGAAGUAUUUAAACCAGUCGUGAGUAAACUGGCACUAGCUAUCUCGGAAACCAUCCAAUCAGAGACGAGAUCUGCUCUUCAGAAUGAAAUGCAGGAGUAUGAGAAGAGCCAUCUGAAUUACGAAGCUGUCGACAUUACAGGUUUGCUUUGUAGCGAUAAUUAUGUUUAAGAAAUCCUGUCUCGAGGCACGCGAUUUGAAAGACCAUCGUGUAUUCUUGGUUUAAAAUGCGUUUUCGACCUGCAAAGUACGGGUGGGCUUUGAUCCUAGUUACUUGAGCCUGGUUUACAUUGUAAAAGUUUCUGUGAUCACAGUAGAAAUUUUGCAUAGGAAAAUUCUUAGUUUUGAAAGAUUUGUAAGAAAUUUUCGAGGAACAGAUUCAAUGUUAACACAUGAGUUCGUUCCCUCAAACAUUUCUAACAAAUCCUUCAAAAUGCAUUCCUUCCUGGCAGCACAACCUGGAGACAAGCAUUUCAUGCAGAUCAGUAACAGUAUUUUUGUGCCAAAUCUGCAUGUGCAUAAAUAUAUAGUGUUCUGCCUGACCAUGGUUUUCAAUUCAAGGAAUAAUGCCUGUCAACCAUAUGUUGUUGCGCCCACAGUGGGACAUGGGUGUUAAGAUGUCCUUCAAAUUUUCAAUAGCAAAUCUUCAUUUAAACGAAUUUCCUGCAGCUGUUUAACAUUUCCUGCGAGCAGUGCUCGCCUAUUCUUUCCACCCCUAUAUAGGAGACUGCUUCGACCCUAGUAAAUCUUUAAUUUCUCAUUUUAGAAAAUGUUGUUGAUGAUACUUUGGACUAUCCAAAACUCAUCUCCAAGGUAAAGUGGUAAAUAAUAUUAGUAUAAUGGCGCGGCAUUGUCAAAGGCGAUAAAAUGUUAUGUUUUAAUUUGAAUUUCAGAGUUGCAGUGUAAUAAUGGCGAAGAUGGAUGAACUCGCUCCUUUCCUUCUUCUAAAGCCUGGAAAGGAGUUUGAAGCUGUGAGAAAUUCCUACGUAGAAUCACUGACAACCAAUCUGAUGUCGUAUCAAUGCAGACUUGUACAGGUAUGGAAUCAUACACUGGAAAUGAUCUAAAAUGACAUUGGAAAUUAGCCAUUCAAUCGAUGAUUUCAGCUGCAGAUGAAAUUUUGAUCUAGACAAGAAGAACAAAAUCCAUUACCAUAGCUGGAAAGUGCAUCGUAAAAUGAGUACAAUUGCAAAGUUUGGUUGCGAAUUGUUGUAAAAUGAAGAAAUAUAUAGCCCUGUGAAGUUCGCAUAUUUUGUAUAUAUUUGCAUUACGCGCCGGAAAAAUAAUCAUUUUUGAGCCGAAAGUGGUUGUUAUUUUUACCGCGCGUGAUACAAGUAUAUAAAAAUUUGCGAACUUCACAGGGCUAUAUUUUCUUCAUUUUACAACAUUUAGCAACCAAUCUUAGUUUGUAGUUUUACUCAUUCUAGGACGCUCUUUCUAGCUGUGGUGUUGGAUUUCGUUCUUCUUGCCCAAAAUUUAGUCUAUAGCCGGAAUCGCCCAAUGAUGAUUCAAUCAGUUAAUAGAUCUUUUCCAUCUUUUCCCAUUCUUCAUGCCAACAACUGUCUUACACUAAAUAUGUUUUCUGUUUCCUCAAGAUAAGUUCAGACGUGCCAAGAUCUUCUCCAGUUCAAAAUCUUUACCUGGCUUUCAACUCAGCUGUGUUCAUCAAACUUACUCUCCGACGAUUUGAGGAAAAUUACGGAAAUAUUACAGGGUAAUUUAAUUCAUGCACAGAACAUUUCCCUGCCAUAAUCCUUACUGGAACUUUAGGGAGAAUUAACCGUUUAGAAGUGUAACUCCCGUAUCAUUUGAUUAUAUAGAUCUCUAUCAUCAGUGUACCGUGACUUGGGCGAAUCUCUAAAUGAGAAAAUCUUCAGUUACCAUUUCUCUACAAUUGCCACAGUUGUUUUACAAGAUGUUCACAGCCAUCAUUGGAUGAACCAGAAAGAAUUUUUUGAGGUAAAUGAAUCUCACUAUUGGAGUUGUUUUCGAUUCAAGAACAGAAAAUAUUGGUUCAACUUCGAAAACGAUUCCUAGAUUGGCUUAAGCAAUCUAUUGUUUCAUAUUUCAGGGAGAGAGGUGUUCGUUUUCCGUUCAAAUGUGGAACUACUACAUGCAAGGUUUACAAUAUGACCUCUGGCAACUGUGUCCGCCAUUAAAGUCUCAAGAAUUCUUCACUUCUGUUGUCCAGUACUCGCUGGCUUGUUUUGUCAGGCGAUAUUCUAAAGCUUUGCCCAGCUAUAGGAGGACUAAACUGUUUAGGUAUGGUGGGAGGUAGGGAGGGUUAACGCCCAUUUCCACUCAAGAAAAUUUUCCACGGACGGAAAAUUUUCCGAAAAUAUCAUUGUUAAAGUUUGAAAAUUUUUUUCCGACGGAAAAUUUGUAUCGCGGCCAAUCACAUUUUACAAAUUUUUCUUUGCGAGGAAAAUUUUCUUGACUGGAAAUGGGCCUUUAGGAGAAAGGAUGGUUGGGAAGGAUGGUUGGGAAGGAUGUGGGGCAGGGGGGAGGUAAAAAGGAGCGAGGGAGGAAAGAAGGAAGGGUGGGGGAAGGGAAAAGGUGGGGAGGAAAGAGGGGGGAGGUGGAAGGAGGUGGGGGGAAGAAAGUAGGGUGAGAGGAAGGAGGGUGAGAGGAAGGAGGGGGAAAGAUGGAAGCGGGAGGGGGAAGGAGGGAGAGAGUAAUGGGGGAAGGAAAGGAUGCAGGGAGAGAGGAAGGGAAAGAAGGAAGAGGGAAAGAAGAACGAAGGUUGGGUGGGUGGAGGGAAGUAGAGGUGGAUGGUGGGAGGAGGGAGGCAAUGAGGAAAGAAGAAAGUGGAAACGGAAAGAUGAAAUGAAAUAAAGAAGAAAGGAAGCAUACAAGCAGAAAAGAACGCAAGAAAGAAGCAUACAAAAAAUGACUAACAUUUCCCGUACACUGUUAUUUCAGGUGUGACAUCACAGCAAUUCUAUUCACCGUUUCAUCCUGGAUGAUCUUUCCUGUAUCUAAGUCGUUCACCGACAUUCUCAACCCUGAACCCUCACGCAACAUUCUACUGGACAUCCACAACUCAUGUUCAGCACUCCUGGCAAUCAUGACCAUCAUCACAUGUCCCUUGGAGACCUUGGGUGUGUUCACCGCGGGUGGUGGAGAGGAACUGAUCAAAGAAGGCAAGAAUACAGCGACCUCCUGGCUGACUUGGCUACAACCUGAAUUGUAUGGAGAGCAAAGUAAGAGGUAAGAGGUCACUGCCCAAUAUUAGACGGAAAAACGAAAAUAUGGGAUACACUUUUAUAACAAAACUUUAUGUAAUAACGUUGAGAAUUCAAGCACUUUCAUUGGUCGAGAGCCAUGAUCUAUUUGAGAACAGACGCACAGAAUUACGCAAAACACCCUUUUCAAAUAGCAAAACUCCCUUUUCAAAUAGCAAAACACCCUUUUCAAAUAGCAAAACGCCCUUUUCAAACAGCAAAACGCCCUUUUCAAAUAGCAAAACACCCUUUUCAAAUAGCAAAACACCCUUUUCAAAUAGCAAAACGCCCUUUUCAAAUAGCAAAACACCCUUUUCGAAUAGUAAAACACCCUUUUCAAAUAGCAAAACACCCUUUUCAAAUAGCAAAACUCCCUUUUCAAAUAGCAAAACACCCUUUUCAAAUAGCACAACGCCCUUUUCAAAUGGCAAAACGCCCUUUUCAAAUAGCAAAACGCCCUUUUCAAAUAGCAAAACACCCUUUUCAAAUAGCAAAACGCCCUUUUCAAAUAGCAAAACGCCCUUUUCAAAUAGCAAAACGCCCUUUUCAAAUAGCAAAACGCCCUUUUCAAAUAGCAAAACGCCUUUUUCAAAUGGCAAAACGCCCUUUUCAAAUAGCAAAACGCCCUUUUCAAAUAGCAAAACGCCCUUUUCAAAUAGCAAAACGCCUUUUUCAAAUAGCAAAACGCCCUUUUCAAAUAGCAAAACACCCUUUUCAAAUAGCAAAACACCCUUUUCGAACAGCAAAACGCCCUUUUCAAAUAGUAAAACUCCCUUUUCAAAUGGCAAAACGCCAUUUUCAAAUGGCAGAACUCCCUUUUGUAAUGGCAAAACUCCCUUUUGAAAUGGCAAAACUGUCUUUUCAAAUGGCAAAACUAUCUUUUCGAAUGUAAAACUCCCUUUUCAAAUGCCAGAACUUGGUUUUCAUUACUAUUUUACUUGUAUUUUUCUGGUGGUUAAAUCUGUAAUGAUAUUUUUAUUUUUAGUUUGCUUUCCCUCAGUGAUAUCCAAGCGGUUAAUAUUUAUUUCAAAUUGAUGAUAAACCAACCGAGUCCUGUGUGGCAGCUUGUUCUUCAGGUAAACAGUGUAAUUGUGUGAGCGUAAUACAAAUCGAGGUUUGUUCAAAAUAUUUAAUAUCGAACUUUCUCUUAGCCUUGUUUUAUUAGUAGACUUUUUUAAUGACCAAGAACAAGGCUUAACAUUUUUUUUUUAAAUUAAAGUUUGCACAUUCGUUCACCGUACUUAAAACUGAGCUCAGAGUACCAAAAUAUAUCCAAAUGAUGGUAACUGUAAAAGCUUAUAGACAUUCAAAAAGUAUAAGUAUAAGAUCCAUAGAUUAGCAUUCUUGAAACUGUGAGUCAAGUGAAGACGAGAAUUGUUUGAACUCGUAUCUUGAGUUUCAUGAUGCUAAUUUUUGGUGGUGUUUUGUCUUAUAUACUUUUGAAUUGUCGGCUGGAAUUGGGUUUUUUUUAUAAACAUUCGUUCGUACUUUCUUUAGACUGUUCUGCUGCGAGAUUCCUACUUGGCUGUUACAAUAGUAACAUAUUUAGGUAAACGGAAAUGUGGUCAUAGAUAGUCAAACUAACAUUAUUUAUACUGGAUAGCUCUAUCGGUUCUAAACUGUUCUUCCUAGAUGUGCAAUAAGGGUCAUCUCUUAUUGAUCCAGUGUUACUACAGGAGGAAAACUAAACUAAACUAACUUUAUUUAUACUGGAUGGCUCUAUCAGUUCUAAACUGUUCUUCCUAGAGGUCUAGUAACGAUCAUCUUUUAUUGAUCCAGUGUUACUACGGGAGGAAACCUAAACUAAACUAACUUUAUUUAUACUGGAUAGCUCUAUCAGUUCUAAACUGGUCUUCCUAGAGGUUCAGUAAGGAUCAUCUCUUAUUGAUUCAGUGUUACUACAGGAGGAAACCUAAACUAAACUAACUUUAUUUAUACUGGAUAGCUCUAUCAGUUCUAAACUGUUCUUCCUAGAGGUCCAGUAAGCGUCAUCUCUUAUUGAUACUAAGCCAACAUAUGAAGUAAUACAUUUUAUUUUUGAAAUGUGUUCGUUGUAGAAAGCCAUCAAAUUCAUUUUUAUAACGAAGAAGACGCUCAAGUGAGGAAGAGAAGUGUUCAGUUUGAAUAUCUGGAAAACGAUGAUGAUUAUUACUCGAGCAUUGUGGCAUCGCUCUAUUACGUCAUUUUGAAGUGUGCGACGCGGUCCACAUCUCUCGUUAACUUUGUGAUCGCGUUGAUAAACAGGUCAGUGCUAUUACAGUAUCUUGAACUGUACAAAAAUAGAUGUAUCUCUACAGAAUUAAUCCCCAGAAAAUCCCCCUCCUACCCCCAAUUCAAUGUUGGUAAAAGAAACUUUUAAAAUUUAAAUGCGAGAAACAACAUUGAAUAGGGGGCAGGGGCGACAAAUUUCAUGAAAGAACGUCUCAGUGUUAAUAUUGGCAUUAGAAAAGUUAGGUGUCCAUAUAAUUUUUGCAAGGAUUGUAGAAACUACAAUCUUGGCCAAAAGUUCGUAGAACGACAAAACAAAUUCUCAACUUUUUAAUAUACUUGGGUUUUAAAAUCAUAUUACACCUCCCCCCGCUCCCCCCCCCCCCCCCAUUCAAUGUUGCUCUCCCACAUUUUUAAUACACGUACAAUUUUGUCUGUACAGUAAAUAUACACGAAACGGCAACAUUGAAUGGGGGAAGGGGGGAGGCCUUAAAAAUGCACAAAAAUUCAUCGUCGUCCUACGGUGUAUGGCCAAGAUUGUAGUAGCGGCUAUUAGUAGAAUUGUCCAGUAUAAACAGUCUAGUAUAGGUUCAUGUCCUAACAUUUUGGUGAAUAAUAGAUGACUCUUACUGGUCCUAUGUAGAGAACUAAAAGAUCUAUCCAAUGUAAAGAAAUAUUUUAUUUUACAGAGAGAAUUCGUGGCAGAUGUUUGCAUCAACAGAAGGCUUACGAUUUAGUGAAGAUGAUAAGGUUCGUCUCUAAGUAUUUUAAAAGUAGAGUAAAAUCUUCCAAAAAAUACAUACUUAUCGUAGAUACAUGUUGUCAUCUUUUUAGAUACCAGUUUGGUUAGAUUGCUUAUUCUCCACGUUCAGACCGUUUAUGCUCAGGUAAAGAAUCUAAAAAAUGUUGUUUUCUAGAGUUAUUACUCUACGGACAGAUCGCUUCUGUACUACGCUUUCUAUAACUUUGGCCACUUUUGAGAACACGGCUCGGAAACAAUGUUUCUGAGAGACAAUGUUUUUCCACAUUUGUGGCCCAAUAUACCUUAUGCCUAAUGACGUCACAAGUCUUGAUGCCCGCGAGAGUCUGGUCUUAGUAGUCAUUGCCCGGGAAAAUUUCGAUAGUGGCUAUUUUGAAUUGUUUAAUAUUCCUGGGCGAUGACUACUAGGACCAGCAUUCCUCGCGGGCAUCAAGCCUUAUGACGUCAUUAUGCAUAAAGUAUAUUGUCCACUUUCGUGAAACACGUGCAGAAAACAACGUUACAAUAUUCAUGUUAUCAUUUCAGACUUAAAGAUCUUGCCUUAUCUACACUCUGUGUGCAAGACCAAUCUGGAACUAAAUCAUUCAAGUUUACUGCUAUCAACUCCUUACCAUGUGGAUGUCACGUGGACAAACCUACUGCAGCAGCCAAGCCAUUUGGUAAGUUUUUUAUUGGUACGCGGUAUAAGCACAGAAUAGAGACUAUACAGAAGCCCGACUUCUUGGUUUUUCGUAUGAUUUUGGCGUAACUGUAAGUCGUCAUCAAAAUGCUUUCUUUCAGUUCGUUGGAAUGUCGUUUCUUUGUUUAGAUAAAACAAGACAGAUUUUUGAAGCUUUUGAACGAGUUUUGAAAACGCUAUCCUCGACUGUUCGUUUACUACCAAGAAUAGUUUUGAAACUUUUUAACAGAAUUGAAGGUGAUGAUAAUUAUGGUUGUGAUGAUGGUAUUGAUGAUGGUGAUGAUGAUGGUGAUGAUGAUGAUGAUGAUGAUGAUGAUGAUGAUGAUAAUGGUGAUGAUAUGAUGAUGAUGCUGAUGAUAUGAUGAUGGUGAUGAUGAUGGUGAUGAUGGUGGUGAUGAUGAUGAUCAUGAUGAUGGUGAUGAUGAUGGUGAUGAUGAUCAUGAUGAUGAUGAUGAUGGUGAUGAUGAUGGUGAUGAUGAUGGUGGUGGUGGUGAUGAUGGUGAUGAUGGUGAUGAUGGUGAUGAUGAUGGUGAUGGUGGUGUUGAUGGUGGUGAUGAUGAUGGUGAUGAUGGUGAUGGUGAUGAUGGUGGUGAUGAUGGUGUUGGUGAUGGUGAUAAUGAUGGGUAGUGGUGAAUACAAUAGUAGAUUAGUAAUUUUCCCUUAUUCGUUUCAUAGAUGAUCUUCGCCAACUUAAGCUCACAUCUGAUACAACUCCAUGUGCUGGAGUGAAGGUGAGCCUGACAUCUAAACUAACUGUUCAACCUAGAGACGCAGUAGAAGUCAUCUCUUGACGAGCAAAUCAUAUAACGUAUGUUUCAUCUUAUUCCCUACAGCUGCUGGGAAGUAUGCUUUACCGAAUUUUCUCAGCUGUGGAUGAUGAAACUAUCGCUGAAGGGUCGAGCAGUAAAGAUGAUAUCAGCAAUGAUUGCAAGAUUUUGGCUCAAAUAAUCUAUCAUGUCUUGUUGGGAGAUAUGAAAGGACUUUAUGAAACAUGUCACUUACCAAGCGCUCUGGAAACUCUGGUUAAGAACAAGAAAAAUUGGAUCGAUGACCAAGUUAAAAGAAUUGGUGACAUCAUUUUAGAAAUGUAAGAUAUUAAAUUAUUUUUGUUUAUGCUUGAUAGUUCUAAACUGUUCUUCCUAGAAUUCUGAAUGUUCUCUUGUUUUCUGCUGAAAUGUAGGGAUGAAGACGAGCCACUCUCUGUGUCUAGCCAAGAUAAUUUUGAAGAACUUCAGUUCCGAGUCAAAUUUAGAGAAUUGUUUCUUGAUAGUAAAGGUAAAUAAUGUGAUGCCAGCAAAUUCCUUUUGCGUUAUAACAAGCUCAUCGUUAAAUUUGAAAAUGUGGUUAUUUCCAGGGGAGAAAGCGCUGAAGCAAGUAUACAAGUUCUUUGUUGCUAAGAAGGUACAUUAUCACAGACUGUUAUUUUAAUUUAAUUAAACAAUUAAAAUUAAUUUAAACGCUAACGUACGAAGCACGUACACAGUAUUUUAUCCGAUUUAAGGCAUUUCAUACAAGUUUGCACACAUGAGACAAAUGGUCCAUAUGGCUCUCUCUGUAGCCAUUGUAUGGUAGCACACGUAAAAACGCACAAUUUGUAACAAACCUACAGCACUUGUAGUAAUGCUGUUCCAACAACUUGUCAACAGGAUGUGUUCGCACUGCUUGUUCCCAGCUUGCUACAAGGUUGUUGAGCCCAGCAGACUUGUUACAAGUUGUUCCAACAACUUGUUAUCGUCCUGCAAUUCAACAAUUUGUCAACACGUUGUGAGUGACAACCUUGUAGCAACUUGAUAAAAUAACAGCAUUGUUACAACUUGUUGACAAGCUUGCUACAAGCCUGUUGCGAACACAUCUUGUUGACAAGUUGUGAGAUUUUUACGUGGGUACUCCAUUCGAAUUAAACUAUAAGAACUUCAUUUUGUGUGCUUCAACUAUUCCUAUUCUUUAUUAUUAGGAGUGGAUUGUCCGUCGUAUUCCAUUAGUCUCCCACUUGGGUCCACUUCAACAUCCUCCCGGCAAAACCCAAGCAGCCAUGUUUAACCCACAUUACGCCUACACUAACCUUGGGGAGUACACCUUUAACCAUGAUGCCAUAGAAAACUUUCCUUUCGAUUGGGAGCAGAUGAUUCAGAGUAAUAUUGGGAUGGGACUGAAGUCUUUUAAGAGGUUGGUGUUUAACAGGUAUGAAUUGCAAAAUGAGAAAGAUGUUGAGGAGGAUCAGAAAGAUUUGGUUGAAAAGUUGAAAGCUUUUUAUGAUCCUGACACUUGUGUUUGAUGGUGAUGAGGGGGGAGGGGAGAUUGUGGUAAGAAUGGUGGCAGGGGGAGUUUGAUGGUGAUGAUGGUGAUGAUGAUGGUGAUGAUGAUGGUGGCGAUAAUGAUGGUGAUGAAGAUGGUGAUGAAGAUGGUGAUGAUGGUGAUGAUGAUGAUGAUGAAGAUGGUGAUGAUGGUGGCGAUAAUGAUGGUGAUGAAGAUGGUGAUGAAGAUGGUGAUGAUGAUGAAGAUGGUGAUGAUGAUGAUGAUGAAGAUGGUGAUGAUGAUGGUGAUGGUGAUGAUGAUGAAGAUGGUGAUGAUGGUGGUGAUGAUGGUGAUGGUAGCAGCUGA